CGUCCGCGAACGUUGUUGUUGGAAGAGAAGUCGAUUCAAGAAGCCAUUACGCUGCGCAAUUGUGUCAGGACAAAAACUUACUAUUUUUACGUAUUCUACGCAAUUUUAUAUUAUCCCCCCACCUCUCUUAAGUCCAAUUAAAUGCGUUAUGGCGUCUCAAGCCAAAAAGAGAAAAACUAAUUUCUCCGAAAGGGAGGUGGAGAUCAUCGUGGAGGAGAUGGAGAAACAGAAACACAUUUUGGUGAAUCAUUUUAACGCGGGCGUCACGCACAUCGCCAAGAACAGCGCGUGGGUGGAGAUCCUGAAGCGCGUGAACGCCGUGAGCACCUGCCAGCGCGAGCUCGCGGAGGUCAAGAAGAAAUGGUCCGAUCUGAAGACGGAGGUGCGGAGGAAAGUGGCCCAGGCGCGCGCGGCCAUGGAGGGCACGGGAGACUGCAGUAGCGUGCCCGUCAUCCUGAGCUCCAUGCAGCAGCGCAUCUGCAAUCUGCUGGGAGAAGCGACCAUCAUCAGCCUCCCUGCGGCGGACGCGACCGCCGAGAUCACGGUGCCCAUCAGCUCCGCCGCCGCCGCCGCCGCGCUAACGCAGAGCAUUCAGCCAGCAGCCGCAGCAGCGUGUGAGAUCAAAACUCUUGAAGCCGAGACGACGUACCACACGCUGGAGGAAGGCAUGGUGGAGUACUGCACCACCGAGACGCCGGUGACCGUCACCACUGAGGCUCCGGUGGAGAUGCUGGCGCAGGCCGAGUGCAAACCGCAGGAACUGAAGAGCCGCAUCGCGCUCAAUUCGGCCAAACUGCUGCAGGAGCACCGCGUCACCAACCUGCACGUGCGCGAGAUCGCCCAGCACCUGGAGAACCAGAACGACCUGCUGCAGAUGAUCCGCCGCUCGCAGGAGGCCCAGGCCUGCGCUCAGGAGAGACAAGCCCAGGCUCUGGAGGGAAUGCAGGCCGCCCUGCUCGCCCUCAUCCAGAUGUUCAGACCCGCUCUGAAGGACUUGAGGAAGUUCCUGCAGAGCGCCAACAGCCCAAACACUGCUCCACCGGCUGCCACAGAGACCGGAGAAGGAGCGCCACAGACAGAAGACGCACAAUAGAGACCUGUGUGUGUGUGUGGUCUAGAAUAGACUGUAAAUUAUUGUACAGCACGGUGCCUCAAAGAGUUUGUGCUUAUAUGUGCUUGAGGGAUGCAGCGUAAUGAGGACUUUUAUGAGCAUUUUAAGGAAGUGGCCAAAAUACUGACGUUUCACUUUACAAAAGACUUCAGUUUUUUGCUUUUGACAAUUUGAAGAUACUGUGAAGUCCUUUCAGUUUAAGUUGCUUACAUUUGGUUGCUUAAAAAAAAAAGAAGUUGAAAAGACAUUUCAGCUUUGGGAGUGCAAUUGAUCAUCAAACGAACAUUCAAAACCCAAAUCUGGGUCAGAGGCCUAAAGAAAACACACUUUCAGCGGUUCUUUGUGGAGGCUUUUGUUUCUUUAGCUUUUGAGAAUUUGCCUUUUUUAUUUAAGUUUGCUAAAUAAAGAAACUCUCCACACA